UAUCUUUGGAUGAAGGAAUUGAUGUUCACGUUGUAUGUUUUUGUUUUAAAUAAGGAAGAAAUCCCACAAAGGCUGUAACAAACAAAAUCAGCUUACGCAUGGCGACCGGGUGUCUUAUUUUGAAAUACUAAAGAGCGGCGGAACUAGCUUGUGAAGCUACCUCGGUAUUUGUUUUGCGAUCCUCCAAAUCAUCUACUGUAAUUCCCUUACUGUACCUCUACUGUACCUCUACUGUACCUCUUUAACUGUGCCUCUUUAACUGUACCUCCUCUACUGUGCCCCCAGUAGUGUCCCCCCAGCAGUGGAUCUCCCCCAGCCAGCGCACCUCCGCCGGCCUGCCCGCCUCCUCCAUGAUGCAGUGAGCAUGUGGGGCCGCAGGGCGACAUGUAUUUCCACCGCCGGGCCAAGAAGAUCCACAGCGAAGGAGGACCAUCUUGCUCCCCGGCCGCCUCCUACCACAAGGCAGAUGAUGAGAUGUCAGGCAGCAGCAGGUCACAGGCGGAGCCCCUAGAUGCCAGCGCACGCAGCGUGCUGCUCAACCACGCCCAGGCCACCAAGUUCUGUGACAACCACGUCAGCACCACCAAGUAUGGAGUCCUCACCUUCCUUCCCCGCUUCCUCUACGAGCAGAUCAGGAGGGCCGCCAACUCCUUCUUCCUCUUCAUCGCACUCAUGCAGCAAAUCCCGGACGUGUCCCCCACUGGCCGCUACACCACCCUGGUGCCUCUCAUCUUCAUCCUGACGGUGGCGGGCAUCAAGGAGAUCAUCGAGGACUACAAGAGACACACGGCAGACAACACUGUCAACAACAAGAAGACCACAGUGUUGCGUAAUGGAGCAUGGACCACCGUCGUGUGGAAACAGGUGGCAGUAGGAGACAUUGUGAAGGUGACCAAUGGCAGCCACCUCCCGGCUGACAUGGUCCUGGUGUCGUCCAGUGAACCUCAGGCUAUGUGCUACACCGAGACCUCCAACCUGGAUGGUGAGACCAACUUGAAGAUCAGACAGGGACUUUCCCUCACCGCCGCCUUCCAGACCUUGGAGGACUUGAUGUCCUUGUCUGGUCGCCUGGAGUGCGAGGGUCCAAACCGACACCUGUACGACUUCACCGGGACUCUCCGGCUGGACAACCACAAUCCUGCUCCUCUAGGUCCAGACCAGGUCCUGCUGCGUGGAGCCCAGAUCCGGAACACGCAGUGGGUGGUGGGGAUCGUGGUCUACACCGGCCACGACUCCAAGCUGAUGCAGAACUCCACCAAGGCGCCGCUGAAGCGUUCCAACGUGGAGCGAGUCACCAACAUGCAGAUCCUGGUCCUGCUGGGCAUCCUGCUGGUCAUGGCCCUCAUCAGCUCGGUGGGCGCCGCCAUCUGGAACACUCAGCACACCGACACUUCCUGCUGGUACCUCUCCCGCGAUGGAGACAGCUCGGCUAACUUCGCCUACAACCUGCUGACCUUCAUCAUCCUGUACAACAACCUGAUCCCCAUCAGCCUGCUGGUCACCCUGGAGGUGGUCAGGUUCACACAGGCACUCUUCAUCAACUGGGUGAGUGUCCACUUAUUCCCGUAUUGGUCCUCUGAUCUCAACGAACGUGCCCAUCUCCUGACAAGAGUUCGUAAGACAGCGUCCAGCCUGGGACGUUCCAAGUCUCUGCAGCAGACUGUCAGCCACGGCUACGCCUUCUCCCAGGAGGAACACGGUGUGGUGUCUCAAUCCCAGGUGGUGCGCUCCUACGACACCACCCGCCAGCGGCCCAGCCUUUAGCCACGCCCCCAGGACCUCAUUUAGCCACGCCCCUCCAGGACCUCCUUGACGUGGCCUUACUGGGACCCUGACCUGUACUGGACAUCUCAUCAUGACUCUUCCAACCUCAAGCCCCGCCCACGCUUGGCUUCACACGUCCAAUCACAGACUGAUGAUGACGUGUUGCAUUUAUUGGGUGUGUGCGCGCGUGUGUGUGUGGGUGUGUGUGUGUGUGUGUGUGUGUGUGUGUGUGUGUGUGUGUGUGUGUGUGUGUGUGUGUGUGUGAGUGUGUGUGUGUGUGAGUGUGUGUGUGUGUGUGUGUGUGUGUGUGUGUGUGUGUGUGUGUGUGUGUGUGAGUGUGUGUGUGUGUGCGUGUGUGUGUACGUAUGUGUGUGUGUGUGAGUGUGUGUGAGUGUGUGUGUGUGUGUGUGUGUGUGUGUGUGUGUGUGUGUGUGUGUGUGUGUGUGUGUGUGUGUGUGUGUGUGUGUGUGUGUGUGUGUGUGUGUGUGUGUGCGUGCGUGCGUGCGUGCGUGCGUGCGUGCGUGCGUGCGUGCGUGCGUGCGUGCGUGCGUGCGUGCGUGCGUGCGUGCGUGCGUGCGUGCGUGCGUGCGUGCGUGCGUGCGUGCGUGCGUGCGUGCGUGCGUGCGUGCGUGCGUGCGUGCGUGCGUGCGUGCGUGCGUGCGUGCGUGCGUGCGUGCGUGCGUGCGUGCGUGCGUGCGUGCGUGCGUGCGUGCGUGCGUGCGUGCGUGCGUGCGUGCGUGCGUGCGCGCGCGUGCGUGUGUGUGUGCGUGUGAGUGUGUGCGUAUGUGUGUGUGUGCGUGUGUGUGUGUGUGUGUGUGUGUGUGUGUGUGUGCACAGAGGAACAUGUGUAAGAGAAAUCCAAGAAAGAACUGAGCAGCAGCAGCAGGCAUGAGACGUGAGUCCACUUCAUUGUCUGCCAAACUCCACAAGGUGAAGCAGAAGCCACGCCCCCAGUACCCUGCACUGUAGCCCCGCCCUCUUUUAACUGCACCUUCCUUCCUUCCUUAUUUCCUCACUUCUCGUUGCUCCAUCCUUCUUUUCAAUAAAUACUUUUUAUUUUC